AUUCUUAUACAUUAACUAACUUCAACUAAUUCUCAUAGCACAAGAAAAUCACAAGAAAUGAUCAUGGCUUCCAUCAAGAAGUCAACUACUCUGUUAACACUAGCCCUAUUCUUGUUCUUGCAAUUUUUCACUAUCAAUGGUCAUGGAGGUGCUGAUCAUGAUUCAGAUUCAGAUGGAGAUGCAAAUAUUAAUUUACGCGCAAGGGGAUUGAUUCUUGUUAAAGUUUAUUGCUUGAUCAUACUCUUUGUGAGCACAUUUGCUGGUGGCGUAUCGCCUUAUUUUUAUCGAUGGAACGAGAGUUUUCUGUUGUUAGGGACUCAAUUUGCUGGUGGUGUUUUCUUAGGGACUUCUUUGAUGCAUUUCUUGAGUGAUUCUGCUUCAACUUUUGGUAUACUUACGGAGAAAGAGUACCCCUUUUCCUUCAUGUUGACUUGUGCAGGUUACCUUCUCACUAUGUUUAGUGAUUGCAUUAUUAUGUUUGUGACAAAGGGUAUAAAUGAAUCAAGUGAGUCCAAAGUUGAAGUGGAAGAAGAAGGAAGGUCAACUAAUGUUGAGGAGGGACAUGGAACAAAUCCUUUUCUAAAGACAACUUCACUUGGUGAUACAAUACUUCUCAUUCUUGCAUUGUGUUUCCACUCUAUUUUUGAAGGCAUUGCUGUUGGAGUAUCAGCUACAAAGGGAGAAGCAUGGAGAAACCUAUGGACAAUUUCAUUACACAAGAUAUUUGCAGCCAUUGCAAUGGGCAUUGCACUUCUAAGGAUGAUACCAAAGAGGCCAUUUCUACUCACUUGUGCUUACUCUUUUGCCUUUGCUAUUUCAAGUCCUAUAGGUGUAGGUAUAGGAAUUGCAAUUGAUGCAACAAGUGAAGGACGUACAGCUGAUUGGACUUACGCUAUUUCAAUGGCACUUGCAUGUGGGGUUUUCAUUUAUGUGGCAAUCAAUCACCUUAUAGCAAAAGGGUUUAAACCACAAAACAAAUGUUAUUUUGACACUCAAUUUUUCAAGUUUGUUGCUGUGCUUCUAGGUGUUGGGGUUAUUGCUGUUGUCAUGAUAUGGGACUAAGUGAAUAUUCAUAAUUUUCUUGAAUUUACUGGCUUUAACUCGUUAA